AUGCUGCCCGAUGCUGCCGACCACACGCCUGCGCAUUUGGAGGACAUGAUCUCCGCCGGUUUUGUAAGGCAGCUUGCGGUCGCCACGGACGUGAUCAACUCCACCAACCUCGUCGAUACCCUCUACCGCAAAGGCACGAUGUCCUUCUAUGAGAUGGACUUCGGCAAGUUCGAGUGGUCGUGCAGCACUACCGGUGAGGGAGUGACGUGCAUCCACGGCAACUACGGUGCACGGAGCAUCGUGGUGCUGUCGAUGGAGCGCGUGCUCGACCCGAAGGUGCCCGUGACGGUGGAGGCCACCACACCCUCCAUGAUCUACACGACGACGCGUCACGGCGACAACAAGCUGUCCCCUGCGAGCUUGGCGGGCGUGAUUGUGGGCAGCGUCAUGGGGGGUCUGCUGCUUAUUGGCCUCGUCCUCGCGUUUGUGUUUUGCUGCCUUGUGGGUGUGCGCAACAACGACGCGGCACCCAAGAUGGUGGACGAGCCGGUGACCAUCGUGUUCACGGACAUUGAGAGCAGCACUGCGCUGUGGGCCGCGCUGCCGCAGCUGAUGCCCGAGGCGGUUGCUGCGCACCACCGCGUGAUUCGCCUGGCCAUCAGCAAGCACAAGUGCUACGAGGUGAAGACGAUCGGCGACUCGUUCAUGAUUGCCUGCAAGGACGCCCACUCCGCGGUGAAGCUGGCAGCGGAGAUCCAAACGAGGCUGCUGGAGUACGACUGGAAGACGAGCGAGAUCGACGAGGCGUACCGCGGCUUUGAGCUGCAGCGGGCGCAGGAGGCCGGCGGUGAGCACCCGCACAGCGCGCAGCUGAGCCGCGACGCGUACGAGGUCCUGUGGAGCGGCCUGCGUGUGCGCAUGGGGAUCCACACCGGGCUGUCGGAUAUCCGCCUGGACGAGGUGACACGCGGCUACGACUACUACGGCGACACGUCGAACAUGGCGGCGCGCACGGAGGCCAUCACGAACGGCGGGCAGGUUGUGCUGACGGAGGCGACGUGGUGGGCGCUGCCCGACGCCACACGCGAGCAGCUCGACUCCACUGAUCUGGGUGCGCAGAGGCUGCGCGGGGUGCCGCACGCGGUGGAGAUGUACCAGCUGAAUCCGUUGUGGGCCGCCAGCACGCGAACCUGCGAACGGAGAUCGAAGCGGUGCUGCCGGACAACGCCACGACGACGACGGGGACCAACACCCUCGACGAUCCGAUGUCGUCGCACACGAACAUGUCGUGCACGGCUGCUGCUGUGUCCUUCGUGCUGGCGAGCUGCUUCUCCACCUACCCGCCUGCGCAGCGCAUCCGUGAGCUGCAGCCUCUGCUGGCGAAGUGGAGUGUGCCCGUCCCGCCACGCCACAGCGGGAUCUCCGCGGAGGACUACUGCCAAGGCCUCUUAA